CGACAGCUCAUAUGAUCACGCGUCAAGCUGCAGAGCGCCUACACGCACGACAACUGAGGCAUUCCAGGUAGCAGAAGCAUUCUCACCGAUGCCCGCUGUGCAACUAUAUAUAUCCCCUCGAUUGACCUCAUAAAGCCACCCCACAACGCCGAUAGCAAUAUACACGACCACCAGAAACAUGGGUGGAAGACUAUCAACGCCCAAAGGGGCCGAUGGCAUGAACGAGAGCUCCAAGCCACACUCAAACAAUGCACUUGCCCGCCUCUCGCGGGGUAGUGGUAUCAUCAAUGGCAGGACCGUUAUGGCACCAUUAGCUGCCCUCACCAUGGCCGGCCUCCUCUUCAUCUACGCAAGAACGUCGAUACGUGCCGCCAAGCUGAACGCUCAGAAACACAGAGAAGCAGAUGGCGGACAAAUCAGCUGGCACAAGGAGAGCUUAAGAAGGCAUGGGCAGUUGGAGCGUUUGGACAACGAUAGUAGUACCCUGAGAGAGGCGCUUGUUGGAAGCUUUUCUAGGGACAAGAAGCGGAAGGAUGCAGAUACCGAAGAGAAGUCACGUACAGAGUACUCCAGGGACGAAGAAGAGCUGCGUAGGAUCAUAGGGAAGAAGGACUGAUUGGAGCAACAUAUGUCCUUGGAGAAGUCUCUUCGAAUUGCUUGCCCAGGGGCUUUGGCGUUCAGGUCAGGAUCACGUGUGCCCUUUUCAAGAGCGAGCCCAGCGGUGGAUAAGCUAUGCAGGGCAAUGAGGGAGAGCAACACUGCCACGUGCAGUCGAUCUGUUGUCCUCUCGUCGGUAUCAGACUUGGCACCGCAAUCAUGUGGAGAUGGCAUGAUAGGUACAAAUAAGCUUAAAGGAGCCGCGGCUACCAUGUUUGGGUGCUACCUCCGCGGCCGAUAGCUUUUGUCAUACACGACAGCUCUGUACCAGACUUCAGCAGCAUGCAUCACAUUCACUGAAGCUGCAAGACAUCGGCAAACAGGUGUCGCACACGAGAGUGAAGUGCAGAAGGUGUAGCGAACCAAAUUAAAAGCGCAUCAUUUGAU